CCACUCAGUUUCUCGCAGUUUAAAAUGGCGGCGUUGAGCAGCGCCGAGUCUCCACCGCCCGUCUUUAACGGAGACACCGAGGAGCAGGAGCCGGGCAGCGAGCGGGGCCUGGAGGAGCUGGGCGCCGGGCUGGAGGACUCCUGCACGGGGGGGAUCCCCGGGGGUCCGCAGGAUGAGGAGAUCUGGAACAUCAAACAGAUGAUCAAACUGACACAGGAACAUUUAGAGGCUCUCCUGGACAAGUUCGGAGGGGAACACAACCCUCCGUCUAUUUACCUCGAGGCGUAUGAGGAGUACACCAGUAAGCUGGACGCCCUGCAGCAGAGGGAGCAGCAGCUGCUGGAGGCGAUGGGGAACGGGACCGACUUCCUCUGCUCGCCUUCUCCCAUGCCCGCUCUGCUGGAGGUGAAGAUGGGGGGUUGUGGGGUCGGAGGCGGGGCUCAGGCCUUCCCCUCGGCCCCCAACACCUUAGCUGUCCUGCAGACCCCGAUCGACGCCAGCAGAGCCAACCCCCGCUCCCCACAGAAACCCAUCGUCAGGGUCUUCCUGCCCAACAAACAGAGGACGGUGGUACCGGCCCGCUGUGGGAUGACUGUGAGGGACUCGUUGAAGAAAGCUCUGAUGAUGCGAGGCCUCAUCCCAGAAUGCUGUGCGGUCUACAGGAUACAGGACGGAGAGAAGAAGCCGAUUGGCUGGGACACAGACAUCUCCUGGCUGACGGGAGAGGAGCUGCAUGUGGAGGUGUUGGAGAACGUGCCGCUCACCACACACAACUUUGUGAGGAAGACGUUCUUCACGCUGGCCUUCUGUGACUUCUGCAGAAAGCUGCUGUUCCAGGGCUUCCGCUGUCAGACCUGCGGAUACAAGUUCCACCAGCGCUGCAGCACCGAGGUCCCGCUCAUGUGUGUCAACUACGACCAGCUCGACUUGUUGCUCGUGUCCAAGUUCUUCGAGCACCACCCGUUCACCCAGGAGGAGGUCUCCUCUGAGGGGACCACCCCUGUGUCCGAGGCCUGUCCAUCCCUCCCCCCGUCCGACUCCACCGGGUCGAUGUGCCACGCCACUGUGUCCCCGUCCAAGUCCAUACCCAUCCCGCCCAGUUUCCGGCCCAACGAGGAGGACCACCGCAACCAGUUUGGCCAGCGGGACCGUUCGUCCUCGGCCCCAAAUGUUCAUAUCAACACCAUCGAGCCGGUCAACAUCGACGACCUGAUUCGGGAUCAGGGCUUACCGAGGUCAGACGGAGCCCCCCCGAACCACCCCGCCCGCUGCUUGAGGAAGCACCGAACACGGACCUCAAGCCCCCUCCUAUACUCCUACCCCAAUGACAUAGUGUUUGAUUUUGAGCCCGAGCCUGUUUUCCGAGGCUCGACCACGGGGCUGUCGGCCACGCCCCCUGCCUCUCUACCCGGCUCUCUGACCAGUGUGAAGGUCCCACAGAAGUCGCCAUGCCCACAGAGGGAGCGCAAGUCGUCGUCCUCGUCCGAGGACCGCAAUAAGAUGAAAACUCUGGGGAGGAGGGACUCGAGCGACGACUGGGAGAUCCCCGAGGGUCAGAUCACUCUGGGUCAGAGGAUAGGGUCUGGAUCCUUUGGGACCGUCUACAAGGGAAAGUGGCACGGUGACGUUGCAGUGAAGAUGUUGAACGUCACCGCUCCGACGCCUCAGCAGCUUCAGGCCUUUAAGAACGAAGUGGGAGUCCUCAGGAAAACACGUCACGUCAACAUCCUGCUGUUCAUGGGCUACACCACCAAGCCUCAGCUGGCCAUCGUGACGCAGUGGUGCGAGGGCUCCAGCCUGUACCACCACCUGCAUAUCAUCGAGACCAAGUUCGAGAUGAUCAAGCUGAUCGACAUCGCCCGGCAGACGGCGCAGGGCAUGGAUUACCUGCACGCCAAAUCCAUCAUCCACAGAGACCUGAAGAGCAACAAUAUUUUCCUCCACGAGGAUCUGACGGUGAAGAUCGGAGACUUCGGUCUGGCCACGGUGAAGUCUCGCUGGAGCGGCUCGCACCAGUUUGAGCAGCUGUCGGGCUCCAUUCUGUGGAUGGCUCCCGAGGUCAUCCGGCUGCAGGAUAAGAAUCCGUACAGCUUCCAGUCGGACGUUUACGCCUUCGGUAUUGUUCUGUACGAGCUGAUGUCCGGCGCUCUGCCGUACUCCAACAUCAACAACAGAGACCAGAUCAUCUUCAUGGUGGGCCGGGGUUACCUGUCUCCUGACCUCAGCAAGGUGCGCAGCAACUGUCCCAAAGCCAUGAAGAGACUGAUGGCCGACUGUCUGAAGAAGAAGAGGGAGGAGAGACCUCUGUUCCCACAGAUCUUGGCGUCCAUCGAGCUGCUGGCUCGCUCCUUACCCAAAAUCCACCGCAGCGCCUCGGAGCCGUCGUUAAACCGAGCUGGCUUUCAGACCGAGGACUUCAGCCUGUACGCCUGCGCUUCACCCAAAACCCCCAUCCAGGCCGGGGGCUACGGGGAGUUUUCAGCGUUUAAAUAAGAUCUGCAGAUCUCUUCAGUCCGUCCCUCUCCACCUCUCUAAAGUCUCGUGUCCAUGCGGUGGAUUCAUCCAUUUCUGAACAAACAAAGAAUGUGCUUUUUUUUUCUUCCUCUGUCCACCUGAAGGGGGCAGUGUCACCCCACCGUCCUCCAACAAACAGACACUGACCAAAAACUCAAUUAGAAAAACACUCCGAAUAAAAGACCUUCAGACGAGACGACGGGAAAGAUAAACUCCACGACCUAAAGAUUUCACCACCAGACGAGUUUGAGGAGGAGACGCCUGCUGCCUGCUGGAGGGAGCGCGAGGACGAGGAGGAGGAGACGUCACUCCCUGUGCGAGGAAGCCGGUUCAUCCGCGGGGCCGCUAGCGGCACUUUGAGCGAGGGCCAGGCGUUAGCCGGGUCCCGAGAGGAGCUGGAUGGUUCACCCUGAAGGAGGACGACUUGAACGAGACAUUUAUUUUUUUUUCCUUUGUUCUCAUGUUACAGAUGGGAGCGAGCAGCUGCUGCUCGCCUCCAGCUUUUCUGUUACUUCUGCAGCACAAGCCUUCGCUUUUUUUGUCUUUACGGGCCGACCAAACCCUGCGUUUUCCCUUUUUUAAUCCCACACCUGAGCCGAACAGCAGCUGAAAGUUUGAGCUCACUCGACCUUCUCGCAGCCUCCGUGUGGAAGCUGGAGGAGAGUUUUUUUUUUUUUUUUUUUUUUUUAGUCUGGAGCGUUUCUUUUGGAGGAUAAAAGCUGAUUGGUUCGUUCUAGCGUUGCUGUCCAGCGUUUACACUGAGCCGAGGAGCGUGUACAGGACCCGCCUUCUCCACGUGCAUGUUGUGUCACUUUUCUUUCUCGCUCCUUUGGCUUUAAUAUUUGCACUCCGCUUCUAUCGGGGACGUCAUCGUCUCGGCUGCAGACUGACGGCUGCAGCGUUUCCUGCUGAUUGGACGAUUCCCACCUUUAAGUUUUCACACACACGCACACACACACACACACACACACACACACGUGCUCCGGUACUCUUCAUUCCAGCGUGUUCAGGGCCGGGCGUGUUGAUUCCAGGUUGAUUCUGUUCUCGUCGAUGUUUGCCUUUUUUCUGUACAGGCAGGCCUGCACAUGUUGACUUAUUUAUGAGCUUCUUUUGAUUUUCGCUCUUUCUUUGGACGCUUGUUUUUCGUCUUUUUGGACUCGUGUACUUGCACUUUGUGGAGAUGGAUCGAAGCAAACGAGCGACUUGCCUUUUCCUUUUUUUUCUUUUUUUUUUAAAUGGAGGAAUAAAUCGUGACACGCAGAGCUGACGAUCCAAACUCCAGUUUCUGAUGCUAGAGCAUGAACGUAUCAUGGUGCGUUCAGGAGCCUGACGCUGGAGCGUGAACGUAUCAUGGUGCGUUCAGGAGCCUGACGCUGGAGCGUGAACGUAUCAUGGUGCGUUCAGGAGCCUGACGCUGGAGCGUGAACGCAUCGUGGUGCAUUCAGGAGCCUGCUGUGGAGCUUGAACGCAUCAUGGUGCGUUCAGGAGCGUCCAGCUGCAGCAACGUCCAUCCAAACUCUUGACUGUCUGAUUUUUGUCUUUCAUCGGGGUCAUGUUCGUCUCUCCAUCAUUCACUAAACCUCAGCGUGUUCAUUCAGCUCGUUGGCACAGUUCAAAGGUCAGGGUCGGACCGAGACUCUUUUACAUAUCAGCCGCCGUCAUGAUGACGAGGAUCAUUAAAAAUCGAGCUUCAGACGAGGUUUUAAAAAGUUCUUCUUUUGAACGAGUGUUUGAGAUAAAACCUUUGAAAUUUAAACUCUGAAGUUUUGGAGAUAAAUACGCUGCUCGCCCGUCGGCUCAAUACGAGUCGAGUAAUAAUGAAACUCAGAGCGAGGAGGAUCCGUUCUGAUGACAUCAUUUGACGCUUUUUUUCCGCUAAAAUCCAGAAAUGUUUUUUUCUAAAUUCACACUGGAGCAGAUUUAGAUUCAUCGUCAGACUGAAUUUGUCUUUAGAACAAAAGAAAACGGACCCUUAAACCCGGAGAGAGAAAAUUGGGGAUGAAAUAUAACUAUUUAUCUCGGGUUAAGCCUGUGUUCACCAAACAUGUUUUUUUUUUUCAGAGUGCUCCGCCUUUUUUGUGCUUCUGCGCCGCGCCGCUCCAGGACCGAUUUAGAGUCGAGAUGAAAGUCUUGCAGCUGCUUGAAUCCGUUGACCUCGUGCAGCUGAAACGUUAGAGAUCUCUAAACAAAUAUGUAAUCGUUUGACAGCUCUUAAAAAAUAUCAAGGCGAGUUAGUAGAGUAAUCUAAGGUGUUCAGUUGAGCUAAGACGUGGCCUUCAUCCUCCUCCACGGACUCCGAUAUCAUCAUCAUCAUCAUCAGAGACCUGAAGUCUCCAGAGCGCUGUAUUUAUCCUCCUCAUAGAUCUUUAAUUUAACAGACAGAUAUCAUCUUCAUUCUGUUCAGCCUUCUUCUUCUGUAACAUUCCCGUCUCCUCCUCUUCCUCCUCCUCCUCCCUGCCUGCACCUUCACCCUCCUCUUCCUCACUCGACCAUGAAGAACUUUCAGAGAUUUUAGUUUCCUUUUGUUGUUGUUUUUUUUUUGUUCCUGUUGUAAAUAUGUGUACAGAUGAAAUCCUGUCAGUUUGCUAGGAGGCAUGGAGACUACAAAAUGUAACAAACUAUAAAGUGUUGAGAACCGAGCGAGCGAGAGAGCAAGCGACCGAGCGAGAGAGAGAGAGAGAGAGAGAGAGAGAGAGAGGCGUUUUUUGAUGAGACAAACAGUUGGCGUGUAAAAAUAUUUAAGGCUGUAUCAUACGGAGAAAAGAGCUUAAUGUAUUUGUUGUGAAUAUGAAAAACUGAUAUAUUAAAGAAGUGCAUGAAAACUGUA